AUGCCAGGCAAACAUGGCCGCUUCCUCUUCUUCCUCGUCAUCUUCUUCGUCAUCUUGUUCGUCAUCUUCUUUGUCAUCUUCUUUUUCGUCAUUUUUUUCGUCAUCUUCUUUUUCGUCAUUUUUUUCGUCAUCUUCUUCGUCAUCUUCUUCCUCGUCAUCUUCUUCGUCAUCUUCUUCGUCAUCUUCUUCGUCAUUUUUUUCGUCAUCUUCUUCCUCGUCAUCUUCUUUUUCGUCAUCUUCUUCGUCAUCUUCUUCUUCGUCAUCUUCUUCAUCAUCUUCUUCGUCAUCUUCUUCUUCGUCUUCUUCUUCGUCAUCUUCUUCCUCGUCAUCUUCUUCUUCGUCAUCUUCUUCGUCAUCUUCUUCUUCGUCAUCUUCUUCUUCGUCUUCUUUUUCGUCAUCUUCUUCGUCAUCUUUUUCGUCAUCUUCUUUGUCAUCUUUGUCGUCAUUUUGAAAUUUAGCCCCUGA